UGUCUGCUUGAACUAGUCUGGUAUUUGUGCCGCCUGAGGACUGUAAGCAUCACAAUCAGCCAAUAUCUGAACAGGGUCUACCUGAAUAUCGUAUCAAUUGAGUGUUGGUCCAGCUACUUAAAAAGACAUCAACAUGAAGCUGCAGAUCCUAAUGACCCUGGCCUUUGCCUUUGUUGUAAUAGAUACAUCCAUGGCACAAGUGAACUCUACAUCUGCAACCAAUGCAACCAUGAAUGCUACCAGUCCGGCUCCAUCAGGUUCAGGUGCUACCAAUGCAACCAUGAAUGCCACCGGUCCGGCUCCAUCAGGUUCAGGUGCUACCAAUGCAACCAUGAAUCCUACCAGUCCGGCUCCAUCAGGUUCAACUGUUACCAAUGCAAGCACAAGUACAAAUGGAACAGUUACGACGACUCCAUCAGCAACAACAGUGGCACCAGGCAGCACUGCAGUUCUGUUGCUGGUUUUCUCCACCAAUGAAACCUUCACUUCAGCUCUUUCUGACAGUAACAGCCAGGCUUUCAAGGACAGAGUCACCCGUACAAAGAAUGUGAUCGAACCAGUAUACAAGAGGGCCUUUGCUUCCUUUCUGCGGCUGGUCGUGCUAAGGUUCAGGAGUGGCUCCAUUGUGACUGAUGCCGAACUGGUCUUCAACAGUUCCGGAGCUGUGCCAAGCGCACAGGUGGUGGCCACAACCCUGCGGGACGCUGUCGAGAACGGGACUGUAGCCCUCCCCAUCAAUGCCAGCUCGAUCAGUGUCACCAAUCCCCCGUCGACGACCACCACUGUUGCUGCAACAACCAGCGGUGUUUCUCCUGUGACCAGCCCUGUUCUCACCUGCCUCAUGGUGACUUUGGCCUCCUUCCUGCUGACUUCAGUGUUCCGCUUCUCAUGAAACACACACACACACACACGUACACACGCCUAGACAGAUGCACAACACAUUAGCGCACACGCACACGCACACGCACACGCUCUGACAGAAAUCACCGCAGUAUACAAUUUUGUUCUUUUUUUCCCCAGUAUAUUAUGCUUGUGUCUGUUAUUCAUAUGGCUAUAAGCAGUUCUAUCAAGCUUCUCUAUAGGAAGAUCCACACAGAAAGUUGCAAUGUAUGUGAAAUAUGCACUGUAUAUGAAAUUAUCCGUCCCUGUUUAACUGCUCAUCCUGAUCCACAGGGGAGCUGUGACACAAAUCCAUAUGUAAUGAGCCCUCUGUGGCCAGACCACAAGGCUUCCAUUUGAAUCAAGGAUCAAAUAUUGAAAAGCUUAAAUACAAAUUUCAAAGAUGAAGGCAAAUUAGAUGAAGGCAAAUUAUGUGCCCUUGGCCAACCACUUGAUCCGAUUGCUUCAGUAAAUACCCAGUUGUAAAAAUGGAUGUUUAGGUUGAGCAAGGCUGUUAGAUUCAACGAUACUGCAUCAAACAGCAUCUCAGUGGGGGGGUUCAGGAGGGUUGGGCCUCAGGAAGAGCCCUUGCCUGAUGAAAAAGAACACCCCCACACAGUAACAGCCAUCCCAUAAUAUUCUGAGGGCCUCGGCAACACUGCCAGGCCUUUCAGACAACACAAGCCUCUAUAACAUAGACUGCAGGAAAAGUCUAGAAAAAUAAAAUAAAAUAGAAGAGAAUGAUACCAACUGGUCACCAUAUACAGUAGCAUGUGGAAUUUAAGUAUUUAAUUUAUUAUUUUUGUAAAGUGAAUAAAAUAGUGAUCAUUGCCAUUACUUAUUCUGUGAAAUCUAUUCUAUUUUGUUAUUAUAUUUUUCAACACUGUGUUCAUUGUGUAACAUUGUGUUCACAGUAAAAAUAAAGACAAAUAAAAAUUU